CUACCUGAAUGCCUUGGACAGAAUUUCUGCCCCAGGGUACAUACCAACAGAGCAGGAUGUAUUGCGGACCAGAGUUAAAACAACGGGCAUUGUUGAAACCCAUUUCACCUUCAAGGAUUUACACUUCAAAAUGUUUGAUGUGGGAGGUCAAAGAUCAGAGAGGAAGAAAUGGAUCCAUUGUUUUGAAGGGGUGACAGCUAUUAUCUUUAUUGUGGCUAUGAGUGAGUAUGACCUGACAUUGGCCGAGGAUCAGGAAAUGAACCGAAUGAUGGAGAGUAUGAAGCUGUUUGACUCUAUCUGUAACAACAAAUGGUUUACUGAGACCUCCAUUAUCCUGUUCUUGAACAAGAAGGAUCUUUUUGAGGAGAAGAUCAAGAAAUCACCACUCAAAAUUUGUUUUCCAGAAUACACUGGGGCCAACACAUUUGAGGAAGCUGCCGCAUAUAUACAGAUGCAGUUUGAGAACCUGAACAAGAAGAAAGAUACUAAGGAGAUUUAUACACACUUUACCUGUGCCACCGACACCAACAACGUGCAGUUUGUGUUUGACGCCGUCACUGACGUCAUCAUCAAGAACAACUUGAAGGACUGUGGCCUUUUCUAG